AAAUACGCUCAUCUCUAGUUACUUUCACUGCUUCCAUUCUCAUAACCACACGACAGAUGCCCCUCAAGUCGUUCCUGACGCUCCUUGUUUAUCGUCAAUCAUUUUCCGAAGACUCAGCGUUCCCUCUCGGUACAUUUAACUUGUUCCAGGAAUACAUCAUGUGACUGGGAGUCAGCUGACCGCCUCUGUGGUCUCCACAGCUGAUUUCCUUCCUCAGCUGCAAAGUUCACAGCAAACAGGGAACUGAGAACAUAGAAUAUAAGGGGGCGAAAUCUGGGGGAACAGCAAGGAGCACCCCAGAGAGUCGUGGUGGUCACCUCACCUGUGGCACGGCACUGAUUGUCGCAACGCUGCCCGUACAAAAGAGUUCCAGGAUGGCAGAGAAAAAUCGUCUGCGGCAGUGGAGAGACCGGAUCGCUACAGAGCUGGACAAAGUCAUGGAUUUCUGGAUUCGGCACUCCGAGGACAAGGAAUAUGGAGGGUUCUUCACUUGCCUCGGUCGGGAUGGAGCAGUGUAUGAUCAGCUGAAAUACAUCUGGUUGCAGGGCAGACAGGUAUGGAUGUAUUGUCGUCUCUACAGGAAGGUGCCCCGAUUCCACAAAGAGGAAAUACUUAAUUCUGCCAUUGCAGGAGGCGAGUUCCUUAUUGCUCAUGCUCGCCCAUCACCUGGUUCUCAGAAAUGUGCUUUUGUGGUGACACGUGAUGGCCGAGCGGUGAAGAUCCAACGCACCAUCUUCAGUGAGUGUUUCUACAUCAUGGCCAUGGACGAGCUAUGGAGGACAACUCACAAGGAGAAGUACAAGAAAGAGGCAUACAAGAUGAUGGACCAAAUUGUUCACUGGGUGCGAGUAGACUCAUCUGACUUGGGGAGACCGGAGCUGCCUGGGGCUGAACCAGUAAACUCUAUGGCGGUGCCCAUGAUGCUGCUGAACCUGGUCGACCAGUUAUGUGAGGAUGAUGAAGAGGCAGCGAUGACGUACGCAGAGGUGGGAACAUGGAGUGUGGAGAAGAUCCUGCAGCACCUACAGCGUGAUGGCCAGGCCAUUUUGGAGAAUGUUUCUGAAGAUGGAAAAGAAUUGCCAGGAUGCAUGGGCAGACACCAAAACCCUGGACAUGCCAUUGAGGCUGGCUGGUUUCUUUUACGCCAAGCUUUUACAAACGGUGACCAUAAUUUGGGGACGAUCGCUGUGGAGAAGUUUGUACUUUUACCUUUUGAAUCAGGAUGGGAUCAGGAGUAUGGGGGACUUUUUUCUUUCCAAGACGUGGAUGGACAUUGCCCUACACAACUUGAAUGGAAUAUGAAGUUGUGGUGGCCCCACACAGAAGCUCUCAUCGCCUUCCUGCUUGGCUACAGAGAAACAAAGGAUCAACGUCUCCUCAACAACUUCCAGAAAGUCUAUGAAUAUGUGUUCACCCGGUUUUCAGACCCAGAACAUGGAGAGUGGUUUGGUUAUUUGACUCAAGAGGGGAAGGUGGCACUGACUAUGAAAGGAGGGCCAUUCAAAGGAUGCUUCCACGUGCCUCGUUGUCUGUAUAUGUGUGAGGAAAUUCUGAACAAGCUCAUAAAAGAUGAAGACAAUGGAGCAGUAACACAAUAGAAACAAAGGAUAUGUCGGCAGAUAAGAACCAUUCGGCCCAUCUAGUCUGCCAAAUAUUUUGAAUACAAUGAAUAGUCCUUUGCCCUAUCUUUAUAUGAAGGAUAGCCUUAUUGAGAAUGAGCUGUCAAUACCUCAUUAUCUGACUGAAUACAAUUUAAUUAUCUAUUAUGAGAAUAGGCUUUACACUACUGUAAUAUACGUAAUAUACAGACUGGGCAUUGUCUAUUGUGGUCCCUUCCAUUGUUAUCUGCUCUGGGAUAAGCAAAGAUCUCUAAGAAGUUACAUUAUCUUAUAUCUAACUAGAGGCCAUCAACAAGUAAGCUAGCUGCUGCUGCUGCUGCGGAUAAAUGUUAUAGCUUUAGUCUUAUACUUAUUAUGGUUUAUGUAUCUUUAAAGCAGUUUUUCAUUUUCACCCCCCUCCCCUCGGCUUACGGCUCGUUGAGCUCCGUCGGUCAGAAGGACGGGAUUUGAGAGUAGAAAAUAAAUACUGCAUGUCCUAUUUUAUUUUCUCCGCUCAACUCCUGUAAAAUACUGAACACACGAUGGACCACAUUCAAGUCAAUAAAAUCCAUCGCGACCCAGCAGCGUCAGCUAAAUAAAGAGAUCUCAACGGGCAGUGGCAGUGUGAACUUAAAGGGGUACUCCGGCACUUAGA